GGGGAGAACUGAGCGCCGGCGUCUCGGUGCUGUUGUCCGUGUUUGGCGAUACAGACGAGCUCAGCUGACUCGCCACAUCUUCCGAAGAGUUUCACGCGCGAGAACGACGAUCGCGACGAGAUGUCACAGAUCUCCAUGAAGCCGGAGCCGCAGCUGCAGGAAGUCGAGCUGACGAGCUUGAAUCUGCAGCAACUCACGGCGCUGAAGGAGCAACUGGACCAGGACCUCGGAGUGCUCCAGAACUCGUUGCACACCUUGAAGAUCGCACAGAACAGGUUCCAAGAGUCUGCCGCUUGCCUCACGAAGCUCACGGAUGCGAACAACAUCGAGGGGAACGAGGUGAUGGUACCCCUGACAGGUUCCAUGUACGUGACUGGGAAACUAGUGGAUACAAACAACAUCCUCGUUGACAUCGGCACCGGUUACUACGUGUCGAAAAGCAUGGAAGCUGGGAAGGAUUAUUUCACACGGAGGGUGGAGUACAUCACCGAACAGAUGGAGAAGAUCCAGCAGAUCGGAAUGGAGAAGAGCAAGAUGAGAGACGCGACGAUGGAGGUAAUGGAGAAGAAGAUUCAGAGCCAGGUGCAGAAGGAGCUCACGGAACGUGCGUAAAGUGCUUAAUUCGAACAAACAAUUUUAUUUGAUAUCUUGCGUCACCCAUGGCUCAUUAAUCUUUAAAUCAGGAAUCGUAAAUCAGAAAUUCUUGUUGAAUCUUUGUGAUAUCACUCGUUGGACGUAGCCGACUCCAUGUAAUGGCAAUAAGAUGAUUUUAGUGCAAUUAUCAAGGAGUAUAUCUUGUGAUGUCACUCUAUCGUAUCUUAUUUAUUCGAUUUCAUCUAUUUAGUAAGUUGAUACGCUGGAUUUUUGUACAGAAAUACACAUGUGUGUAUGCAUAUGUAUAUGUAUCUAGUAAAUUAAAACUUACUGUCCCUUCUCCUUCACAAAAU